AUGCUGCCUCGACCACAGACGUACCGGGCAAAGUCGUACGUCCCCGUCACCUCCGCCGCCAUCGACCCUUAUGAAGAGGGGCAGAGCUCUUUCGUUGAUAAUGAUCGCCUUGACAGCUGGUUUCGGUACGUGGAGGCUGAACUGCAGCGCUACCGCAGCCCCUUCGUCGCCGCAGAGGCACUCUUGACGGAGCUGCGGCUGCGCAGCCACGAGCUCUAUCAGCCGGAGCGUCUCUACGUUUCGACGGCGCUGCGGAUACUGCAGGCGUGCGUGCCUCACCUCUCCAAGGAAACGGCGCAGGUAGCGCAGGCGGCGGUACACGAGCUUCUCCCGUGCCUGAUAUACACGCGCUGUACACCCCUGACGACAUCGACGUCAAGGCCGUCCUCGUCGAGGGCCCUCGAAAAAGUGACGCAGCUGACCUACGCCGGCGCCUUCCGCCUUUUGCUGGAGCGGUCGCAGCAGUGCCAAACGCAGCUUCGGCGACUCGGGCGGCACGCUUGCGCGGAGGCAAAGGUGAUGGACCUUCUUGUGCAUGGGCUGGACCACAUGUGGCUGAAGAUGUGCUUCUACUCCUGGCGAACGUUUUGCAGGCAGCUGGAGAUGCGCAAGGCGCGGCUCCGACGACGACUGCUGCGAUUCGCAGCCAACGAGGCGGUGCCCGCCUUCCUGCGCACGUGGCGGCAGUACGCUCACACGAUCGCUUUGGACGCCAAGACCUCCCGCAACAGCUUUGUUCAGAAGCAGGUGGAGGCACUAUACCCUCUCGAGCGGGAGGCCAAGAGCCGCUACGACCACGUAUGCGAAGAAAUCAAGGAGAAGAAUCGGCUGGCAGGUGACAGCCUGCAGCGACUGGAGGAGACGAAGUGCCGUCUCAAAGUGCUCGAGGACCUCAUUGCCGAAACGCAAAGCUCCCUCACCGACCACUGGAAGACUUGGAGGGAGUGCACACGGCUGAUGUUCGACGACAUCGGCGAACUCCCGGGCAAGACGAACCAGACACUUCGCACCGAGUACGUCAUGAAUAUCACCGACACGGCGUCGGCACUGUCGAGGCGGGCUCGCGGGCGAGCUGGCCGGAUGGGACUGUGGCACGUCGCACAGUUUCUCCUGUUCGAGGGGGAGCUCGGUGCCGACGCGGGCACACAGACGGUGGGGGGGAUGGAGGGCAGUUUGAACGCGAAGUCAGGCAUCGGCUCUUCUUCUAUUUCCUCCUCUGUGCCCCACGACGCCGGCGGAACAGCCCUCUCUGUGACCUCGAGACCGCCGGUCACCCACACAGUCCCCGCAAAGCUCAAGACGACGGCCUCCCUUCAGGUGCAGCCGAGCGACCCAACGCCGCUGUCAACUGUCUCUGCGACGGGUCUGACCGCCGACGUGAACGAUGUAUACUGGACUGUGGCGACUGCUGUGCAGCCAGUUCUGACGCCGCUUCAUUUGAUAGAUGUGCUGCAUCACAACGAGGCGCACUUGAACAUAACACUCAGCUUUCUUUCCACUGUGUACGGCGGCGGCCACUGCUCUCUUUUUGCACCCGCGGCGCGAGCGGCGCGGAGGACCGAGGAGACGCUGCUGCCUCUUCCCUCGAGUCAAGGCUUUGGCAAAGUGUCGCCGACAGCGGCGCCGAAGGACGGCAGCGACGACGGUGGCGCCACAGCGGCUGCGGAGGAUGUCAAGUGGGGCGCACUCAUGAUGCAGGAUGUGACGCGCGGUAUGGCGAAGGUGCAGGAUUGCGUUGAAGCGAACGAAGGCUACUUGCUGUCUGUGCGCCAGGGCAUGAUGAUGAGCGAGUUGGAGGUGGUUCAGGGGUACCUCGAAGACUUGUACAGGCGCUGGGCUGCCACCGGCGUACCCCUAUCGCAACAGAAGCUGGAGUCCGUCUGGCAGCCUAUCGUGACGCCAGCGAGGCUGCCCAUCCUUCAGGCGCUCUAUCCUGAGCAUGGAAUUACUUGCUUCACCGAGCUGGUCCACUACGUGGCCCGUGUGGCGGAGUUCAGCGGCUGCUCCUUGCAGGCGCUGGCAGAGCGGCUGGAUGCCACGUACCCGUACGACUCGCUAGACGAACUGCGCAUUUUUCGGCGCAGCGACGAGGCCACGGAGCUGUUCCGCGAGCACGCGGCACACCUUGCCACGCUGCUGGUGUAUCUAAAGGACAAGGCGAACUCAUCGCAGUAUCACUGCGAUCACCUAUCCGUGCUUCUCGAACAGGAGCUCGGGCUGACGCCGGCGGAGGCAGAGGACGUCUCGCGCUACGCACGACAUGAGGGCGGCGAUGUGGUGAACCGUGACGAGAUUGAGUGGCUUCUGGUGUUUUCCGCCCCGUACGUGGACCCCUCCCCCUUUACCUCUCUUCUGGAGAAGGUCGCGCGACUGCUCGAGGACUGCACCCCGUUCUUUCAGCAACUCGUCAGGACGGCGUCGGCGACUACGUAA